UCCAGUAGAGCAUCGUCUCACCUGUCCUCAGACCAUAGAGGCAGCACAAGGAGAUGAUGUCACUAUACAGUGUGGUCUGGACCCCCCCGUCGACUUGUCUGACUACACGCUGGAUGUGGCGAGACUCGACCUCGGUAUCUAUAGUGAUGUCUACUCUUAUCGACGGGGAGAGGACCACCUGGAUGACCAGAUGGAUCGAUACAGAGACAGAACAACUCUCAACCAUGAAGACCUGAUCAGAGGCAUCGUGACUCUGAAGAUCUCCUCAGUAACUCUGUCUGAUAGUGGUCCAUACAAAGUCUACAUCAAAAAGCUGCGAGCCCGUUCUGUUAUUAACAUCAUUGUUGGGGCGUGGCGUGCACAGGCUGCAGGCUCGGGAUCGUGGGCGGAGUGAGUCUGUCAUGAUUGAAAAGAGCCGAACGACUGUCCUGCGCUAACCGACUGGAGUGAGCUGAGGACUCUCCACAGUUGGAUCCAUUUCUCUCCAGAAGUGAUGAAGACGUUUACUUCUCUCCUGGACGUGAUGAUGAAGAUACUUUUAAUAACUUUUCUCCUGUUUCCUGAAACUAUCCUGGGAGAGCAUCGUGUGGUGUGUCCGACUCUGGUCGAGGCAGUAGAAGGUGAUGCUGUUACUCUGGGGGGUUCUCUGAGUCCUCCGCUCAACUUGACUCCUUACACGCUGGAUCUGAAGAGACUUGACCUCCGUGACGAUGUGGUCCACGUCUACCGACAUGGACAGGACCAUUUCCCUCCACAGAGUCAUCACUACAGAGGCAGAACAACUCUGAUCCAUGAAGACCUGAUCGGAGGAACCGUGACGCUGCACAUCUCCUCAGUAAAUCUGUCUGACUCUGGACUGUACGAAGUCUACGUCCCAGACCUGAAAGCCCGCUGUGAAUUUUACCUCACUGUUGAAAGAAAAGCAAACAGGACAAAGAGAAAUGAUUUCAGCACAUCUGGACCUCCAGUGGGAGAAGAGACCAAGUCAGACCAUCGGGGGGAUGGUGAGAACAGGAAGACUGCCCGUGCUGUUAUCCUUCCCUCUCUUCUCCUCCUCGGGACUCUCCUGGUUCUGGUUCUGGUUCUGAUGAGAGGAGAGAUCAAGAGUUGCAUCGAGAGGCUCAGAGGAAGGAAGGAGCAAGAACCAGAGACAGCAGGGAAUGGAUGUGAGAUGAAAAACCUGAACAUGGAAGCAGCAAAAGGAGAUGAAGACCUGGAGAGAGCUGCAGGAAAUGGAAACAUCUUACUGUAGGAAACCUCGUCUGAGAGCUUGAAUUCAAUUUUAUUUAUAGUAUCAAAUCAUAACAAGA